AUUGGUACAGCCGCUUCACGUGGUACUGGAACUUGAUUAAACGAUUCGGUCCUGUAAACCAUUCGCGGAUUUCGCGACUAAAAACAAUAAUCCAUCGGCAUUCAUAGGUGAGUAUGGCGCAAUGAGCUGGAUUGGUGUACAGACGACAUACGCACGGCACACCCUGGAUACGGCACCAUCGUUAGAGAACCCAAUGAACCAUCGUGCUAAACAACACAAGAAAGGAGCAUUCGAGAAGAAAUCAGACAAUUGAGACAAAUACAAAAAAUCAGUCACAGCGAUGCAAAAAAUCGAAAGUGUGACAAAGUUUGAGCGGCAGAAUCAUGCAGAACCAAAUACGGAGCAGGGGAAGAAUCUUGAAGACCCAAAGAAAAAGGAGCGGUAUAAUCAUGUAGAUCCAAAGAAGGUGAACGCUGCGCCCAAAAACCGUGAGCCCAAAAUACCCGUCCCGACCAACUAUCGCAACGCGUCCAAGUAUGUGCGGCUUGCUGUAGUGGAAAAGCGUAACAUCCAGCCGCUGAUUGAGCAGGACAAACAUUUCCGUCUGGGCCGAACGUUGGUAGGCCGGGCGCUCAGCAAUAUGCCGAUAAUUGAUGCAAUCUACAAGCAGCUAGAUCUCGCCACGGUAGAACCGCGGUUGAAUGAGUGGCUGGCGAAAGUUUUGAUUUCUGAGCUGCUGUUCGGCAGUGGCAAAUUGCUCGGUAACUCAUUGCCGGUAGAAUGUGUAAAGCGGUACGAGACACAGUUGCGCACGCUGUUGAAGGAUAUAGAGGCAAAGCAAUCGGCUGCGGGACUCGUGAAAGAACCGCGUUUCGUACGCCUCAACACGAACCAGCUGAAUUUGGAGGGUGCAAAGCGUUUGCUCGCUGAGGAAGAAUGGAUGCUGGUGGAAGAAAAUUUCACCGACUACCGGUCAUUUCUGGAGCGCGUCAAACGGCUUGACGAUUCGGAGUACAUGGUAGAUUUUCAUUUUCCCGAUAUGCUGGUGUUCCCGCACAGUGCGAAAUCGUUCUGGGCACGGGCACAGCAUCUUCAGGACAGGUUUCUACUGCAAAACAAGGCUUGCCUUCUUCCGACGUAUCUGCUAAAACCGCCCAAAAAGUCGGUCGUGCUGGAUAUGUGUUCUGCACCCGGGCUAAAGGCAACGCAUCUGGCCUGUUUGAUGAAGAACAAGGGUCGGAUAUACGCGGUCGAGCAAGAUGCAAACCGGUACUCGGUGCUGUGCGAGUACGCUGGUCCCUUUGGCAUGAUAAGAACGAUUCAUAGCGAUUGUCUCGAGGUUACGGAUGAACAGGUCCCAGGCGUCGAGUAUGUGCUGCUCGAUCCGAGCUGUUCCGGUUCCGGGAUGCUGCAGCGUCAGCUGGUACCGGAACCAAUCGAUGAGAAACGGUUGUACAGGUUGGCCGGUUUGCAGUACAAGCUGCUAUCGCACGCGAUGAAUGCGUUCCCGAAUGUGCGUCGCAUCGUGUACUCGACCUGUUCGGUGCACGCGGAGGAAAACGAAGGUGUGGUGCAAGGUGUGCUACGCCACAAUGGUCACUAUCGGCUGCUCGACGCGCGGAAGGAACUCGGCAAGGAGUGGCUGAACGUUGGCUCAUCGGAAUAUCCCGGCAUCGGUGAACUCUGCCUGUACGCGAAGACGGUGGACGAUCUCACGAUUGGAAUGUUUGUAGCCGUCUUUGAACGAUGCCCGGAAGGAGUCGAGAAUGAGGUGUAUUUGGCGCACGAAAAGCAGAAGCUAAGUUACGAGCUUGUCGCGAAAAAGUUGAGUCGCCAAGGGAAAGAAAAACAUUGCACAAUGGAAGGAGUGAAUCAGCAAGAAGACUUUGUUACGGCAGUGGAACAAAGUGUAAAGGAUGAGUUAACCUCCAAGCAGCAUACGAAAAAAUGUCCCAAGAAUAAUACAGUUGAAGAACAGAAUGAUCUGGAAGAAGUUCAUGAAAAAGCAUCCUCUAAGAAACGAAAGAUUAAAUCUACGGAGGAAGAUACAAUUGAGGGACAGAAUGAUCAAGAAGAAGCAAAAGAAAAAUUAUCCUCCAAGAAACGAAAGGAUAAAUCUAUUCAGGAAAAUACAACUGAGGAACAGAAUGGUCAGGAAGAAGUGAAGGAAAAAGCAUCCUCUAAGAAACGAAAGGAUAAAUCUACUGAGGAACAGAAUGAUCAAGAAGAAGCAAAGGAAAAAGCAUCCUCUAAGAAACGAAAGGAUAAAUCUAUUCAGGAAAAUACAAUUGAGGAACAGAAUGGUCAGGAAGAAGUGAAGGAAAAAGCAUCCUCUAAGAAACGAAAGGAUAAAUCUAUUCAGGAAAGUACAAGUGAGGAACAGAAUGGCCAGGAAGAAGUGAAAGAAAAAGCAUCCUCUAAGAAACGAAAGCAUAAAUCUACUGAGGAAAAUACUACUGAGAAACAGAAUGAUCAAGAAGAAGCAAAGGAAAAAGUAUCCUCCAAGAAACGAAAGGAUAAAUCUAUUCAGGAAAAUACAACUGAGGAACAGAAUGGUCAGGAAGAAGUGAAGGGAAAAGCAUCCUCCAAGAAACGAAAGGAUAAAUCUAUUCAGGAAAAUACAACUGAGGAACAGAAUGGUCAGGAAGAAGUGAAGGAAAAAGCAUCCUCUAAGAAACGAAAGCAUAAAUCUACUGAGGAAAAUACUACUGAGAAACAGAAUGAUCAAGAAGAAGCAAAGGAAAAAGUAUCCUCCAAGAAACGAAAGGAUAAAUCUAUUCAGGAAAAUACAACUGAGGAACAGAAUGGUCAGGAAGAAAUGAAGGAAAAAGUAUCCUCCAAGAAACGAAAGGAUAAAUCUAUUCAGGAAAAUACAACUGAGGAACAGAAUGGUCAGGAAGAAGUGAAGGAAAAAGCAUCCUCCAGGAAACGUAAGAAUAAUUUGUAGAUCACACAUGUUAAACAUACGACCCGUCAGACGGAUGCGGCCUUUGACGUCCUUUAAGUCGGCGAAGGAAUGACAAAAGCUACGCAUGUUGUGUGAAUGUAUAAGAAAUCAUGUUAAAUAAGAAGAAAAAAUGGUGGUCCGGUGGUGUACUCGGUAGCGGCGCCUGUCCCACACGACCGGACCAAAACAAAAUCCUAUCCGGGCCGUUCCCCAGUAGCAGAGAGUUCCGCUACGAAUAAUAAAAUGUAAGAAAACCUGCAAUGGCACGCCUGCAGUUAAAUGGUACAGAUUGGAUAAACAAUUGUCGACAAAAUAUUAGCUUUCAAAAAAUGUAAGAAUAAAUAAAAACGGGACAAAAAAAACAGACUUCGUGGAGCGGGAAGUCUGGAAUCAUUCAUGGAACAACACCAUUUUAAUUAC